AUCAAUCUAUAUAAAAUGGGUAAUCUUAUCGGAACAUAAGUUUCUUCUAUCCACUGAAUCAAUAUGGUUUUCCAAAAGUUAGCUAUAGUUUUUGCUGUUUUCAAUCUUUUUAUUGGCAAUGCACUUGGAGAUGUUUCAAUUCCAGGACCUAAAGAAAAAUUUAGGAUUCAUUCGGUUACAAUUAAUGAGAUACCAAAUGAAUACUUUGCAUAUGCUAAUAUUACGAUUAAUCCUGGAAACUUUUCUUCUACAACACACGUUCAAAUAAUUAAAACAUUACCAGAAGAUUUAAUGCUGAAAGUAAUCCUCAAAUAUCAAGGACAAGAUAUACCUCCACUCGAAUUCUUGGUUUGCCCUGGCAUGUACGAUAAAAUAUAUGUAGAUGAUGUGGUAUCUAAAGGAUUGCCAAAAGAAACCUUUCCACACAAUUGUCCAAUCACUCCAAAUAUCUUAAUAGUGAAAGAAUGGUCAUUCCCACACUAUAAAAUUCCGCCCGGUACUCCACCUGGUCCAGUUAUAGUAAAUGUUUAUCUGUCCGUACAAAGUACUAAUGAAGUUAUUUUUCAUCUUUAUUCUGAAGGCGAAGUCAUAAUAGCAGAUAUGCCCAAUGCUUUUCCAGGAAAAUAACUAAUUUAGAAGAUUAUUCAUUAAUAUGGUGAUGUAACAAUUAAUGACAUUAAUGAAUAUAAAAUAUUUAACGGUUAAAUAAAUAUAUUAUAAUAUUGGAAGUCAAAUGAGGAUCCUAUUUUACUGUAGAAAAAAAAUGAUUUUUUAUUCAUAAAAAUGUAUUAAUAAGAUGUACGUGUAAGGGAACGUGAGGUAAAGUGGAACACUCAGAAAGAACGUAAAUCAACAAAUUAACU